AUGUCCCUGAGCCGGACAAACAUAUGUGCAUUCAGUACCAGUCGUCACGACAAAUGGCUUAUCGUAUUGGGUUCCAGCAAUGAGUUUCAUUUUAUGCACAGAGCGUUACCACACGCCAGAAGCAAACGAAGUCUCUCUCAUCACCGACAACUCAAAUCUGACCCAUCGAUACAAUUUGCAACACAACAAAUAGGAUUUAAAAGAUCUAAAAGAGGAUAUAAUAAGUUAAGGCUCGGACCUGAAGACCUUUCCCUAAAUCAAGAACCAAAUGAUCCAUAUUUUCAAUAUCAGUGGUAUUUAAAAAAUGUUGGCCAAAAUGGUGGCAAAAAACGUUUGGAUCUUAAUGUUGAAGCUGCCUGGGCUCAGGGAAUAACCGGCAAAAAUGUGACGACAGCUAUUAUGGACGAUGGCGUCGAUUACAUGCAUCUGGAUAUUAGAGAGAAUUACAAUGCGAGGGCUAGUUAUGACUUCAGCAGUAAUGACCCCUUCCCCUAUCCUAGAUAUACAGACGACUGGUUUAAUAGUCACGGCACUCGUUGUGCGGGUGAAGUGGCGGCCAAACGAGAUAAUGGUAUUUGUGGUGUUGGAGUGGCCUAUGAUUCAAAAGUGGCCGGAAUUCGGAUGUUAGACCAGCCCUACAUGACUGACCUCAUUGAAGCCAAUUCUAUGGGUCACGAGCCCGACCUUAUCGACAUUUACAGCGCCAGUUGGGGUCCCACUGAUGACGGAAAGACAGUCGACGGCCCCAGAAAUGCAACCAUGAGAGCCAUUGUGCGCGGAGUCAAUGAGGGUCGAAGAGGUUUAGGAAAUAUAUAUGUGUGGGCUUCUGGUGAUGGGGGAGAGGAUGAUGACUGCAAUUGUGAUGGUUAUGCGGCUUCAAUGUGGACCAUAUCUAUUAAUUCUGCGAUAAAUGACGGACAGAAUGCCCACUACGACGAGUCCUGUUCCAGUACAUUGGCCUCAACUUUUAGUAACGGUGCCAAAGACCCCCACACAGGAGUGGCGACAACUGAUUUGUACGGCAAGUGUACGAAAACCCAUUCGGGAACCUCAGCCGCCGCUCCCGAAGCGGCCGGUGUUUUUGCUCUCGCAUUAGAGGCUAAUCCAAACCUAACGUGGAGAGACAUACAGCACCUGUCAGUCUUGACUUCCAAAAGAAAUUCUCUUUAUGACAGCAAAAGGAGAUUCAAUUGGAAUAUGAAUGGAGUGGGACUCGAGUUCAACCAUUUGUUUGGUUACGGGGUGUUGGAUGCGGGUGCAAUGGUAGCCCUGGCCAAACUAUGGAAAUCAGUUCCCCCGAGGUUUCAUUGCGAGGCCGGCUCUGUCAACCAAGUGCUGCCCAUCCCUACAAAUAACAGUCUAUUUCUGGAAAUAUCGACAAAUGCUUGUAAAGGAAGUGAUACAGAAGUCAAUUAUAACGAACACAUCCAGUCUGUAAUCACACUGAAUUCAACCCGAAGAGGAGAUAUCACUUUGUAUUUGAUUUCUCCGAUGGGCACCCGGUAUGUCUACAUUUGNAAAGGAAGUGAUACAGAAGUCAAUUAUAACGAACACAUCCAACCCAAUGAUGACGACCGACACGACGGGUUCACGAAAUGGCCGUUUAUGACAACCCAUACCUGGGGUGAGAAUCCACGCGGAGUCUGGAGACUUGAAGUGCGAUUUGAGAGCGAAAGCCCACAAAUGGGUUUCAUUAAGGAGUGGACUCUUAUGCUUCACGGAACCAAAGAGCAGCCCUACAAAGACCUUCCCGUCUCUGACAGGAACUCCAAACUUGCAAUCGUUAAGAAAGCGCACGAAGACAGAAACAAACAUUAA